ACCGGAAGUGGUGGAGUGUACCAUAUUAUAUUUGAAUUUUCUCAAUUAUGCUAGCGAAGAGUCAGCUAACUGUAGUCAGUUACUACUGUUAAUUACAAUAUUUGUAUACAUAUUUAGGAGAUACCAAAAGCAUUUGUAUGCGCUAAGAACAGUUUGCAACAAUGUAGCUAGCGAACGUUAACUUGAAGCAAUGCUGAUGUGAGAUUAAAUAUGACCUCGUUACCUUCACCCCUGUACCCUGCAUCAACCUCAGCAUGCAGGAUAUUACCUGGGGAGGGGAGUCAGCAGGUUCAGCCAAAAGCCCCUCUUCUUCAAAUUCUUCGUGUGGCAGGAGCCAAGGAGAACAUCUUUACCUUCAAGGAGGUGAUGCACCACCUGGGACAGUACAUCAUGGGGAAGCAGCUGUAUGAUAAACAGAGGCAGCACAUAGUCCACUGUCAGGACGACCCUCUGGGGGAGCUACUGGAGGUGGACAGCUUCUCCGUCAAAAACCCCAGUCCGGUCUACGAGAUGUUAAAGAAGUAUUUAGUUGUACUCAAUUGUUCGGACGCUGCAGAGAGUCUUUCUUUGGGCCGUGAGUGUGUAGAGGGCGGAGUGGAGGAGCGCGGUCAGGUGUGUGUGGACCCGACCAAGGUGGGCUUGGGAGUGGCCAGUGACAGGACUCUCCCCCCACAGACCCAGUCCCAGAGACGACCCCGAGAGUCUGAUGAAGGAUCUUUAGAUGGCUUGCCCCGGUCAGCAUGCAAACGGCCCAAGCUUGACGUCUCCCUGGACGAGUGGGACCUCUCAGGCCUGCCCUGGUGGUUUCUGGGUAAUCUGCGCAACAACUACAGUCGCAGGAGCAACGGUUCUACAGACAUCCACACAAAUCAACUUUCUCUUGUGCAGGAUGAGGAUACAGCCAUUGUAUCAGAUACGACGGAUGACCUCUGGUUCCUGACAGAGGGAGGGAGUGAGCAGGUGAGUGUGGAAAUGAAGGAGGCCGUGCUGGAAGAAGGAAGUGGAGGAGAGGUUGAACCGCCACCAGAAGAGGAGGAGGGAGCAGGAAAAGAGGAGAAGGCCGAUAAGGAGAUGCAGAUUAGCAACCCUGUUUCAGACAUCUGUAGCCUGACCACUGCUGCAUCAAUGCAGGAGGAGCCAGACGAGGACUCCCAGUGUCUGAGUGACGAUACAGAUACAGAGAUCUCUACACAGGAUGCAUGGCAGUGUACAGAGUGCAGGAAGUACAACUCUCCUCUCCAGCGCUACUGUGUACGCUGCUGGGCCUUACGCAAGAACUGGUACAGAGAUGUUCCACGACUGGUCCACUCCCUGUCUGUCCCAGACAUCCCAGCAUGCAGUUCUCUAGACCCACAGGAUGAUGAGGAGGAGGACAGCGAUGCUGGCAUCGAUGUCCCAGACUGCCUCCGGUCUGUGUCUGACCCCAUCAUUCUGCCCUCCCAUUCCACUCCUGACCGCCCGUUGCCACCUGGGGGUCGAGGAAAAGGCAAGGGUCCCAGGCCACACGGCCUGCCCAAUGAGGAGCAGCUCUCUGGGGGAGAGAGCCAGGAAAGCCUGGGGAUGGAAGUGGAGGUUAGGCCCGAGGCUCUGUUGGAGCCCUGUAAGCUGUGUCGCAUCCGUCCGCGCAACGGGAGUAUUAUACACGGCCGCACAGCCCACCUGCUGACCUGCUUCUCCUGCGCCAGGAGGCUGCACAAGUUCCACGCUCCUUGUCCUGGCUGUGGACAGAUCAUACAGAAGGUUAUAAAGACCUUCAUAGCCUGAGAGGACUGGAAGUUAUUUAAAGCAUGUACACAACACCCCACUACACUGGUUGGUGUUUAUUCACUAACUGUAUACAGGAUAACCACACAUCGCUGUCACAGAGGGUAGCACUUAGUAGAGCAUGUUCCUCUGGGUUGUCCUUCCCCUGGUAAUGGGUUUGCAUCACAGCUCUUCUCAGACAUGGCGCUUCUACUGGAAGGUACAAACACCGCAACUUAUUAUUUGAAGCAUUAAACUAAUAUACCAUGUGCCACAUUAAGUAAGUUCCUUCAAAAUGUAUUUAUUUCAGUGCCAAGUAGCACUGUACAUAUACAACUCUGCUGUAAUGUCUGUUUAUUUUGACUGACAGCUUGUGACUCAAGUGUUUGUUUGCAACAGAAGGCCAGUGGACACUUUCUAGUUGGUCGCUGUUAUAAGUGUCCAGGAAAUGCUUUCUGACUGUAGUCAGUUUGGCUCCAUACCUUAUUUUGUAUUCUUUAAAGACAGCAUGUUCUUCCAGUAUGUUACAGUGAUGGUUAGUUCACUACAGUCUGGCUGACUACAGCUCCUCCAGGGAGUGCAGGUAUGCAAGUCUCAUUGGCAUGUCUUUAUGGGGCUUUUUUCUCCUGUCAUUUCUUUGCACUGUUUUGUCUGUGUACACAACUUUUAAAACUAGUAAAGAGGGUCUUCUUUUACUCCCUGUUAUCUGUUAUUGUUGUUUAGUACUUCGUGCCAGAACAGACAUCUUUAGCCCACAGCGCUGAACUGAAUGCCUUGUCUUACUGUCCUGCUACUCACCAUUCACAUUCAUUUACGGAUACAUUUCUUUGGCUCUUUUUAAAGGCUGGUUAGGGAACAAAUCAGUUGAUAUUAACAAUAACCCGUCUUACAUUUUUCACAAGUUAUGUCUUGAAACCACGAUUGUGUAAAUACAUCUUUGUGAACAGACCUCAACAUUUCCUUUCCAAAUGUGUAUUUCAGCAUUAAUCAAUAAUUAACCUAAAAUAAAUAUUUCCAAUCACGCCAAGCUACUUAAAUUGUAUUUCUGCUUGCAGUGAUUUAUACUUUUGUUUUAAAGCAGUUAUUUUAAACUUAUUUUGUUGGUACAGGUAAUAGUUGUCCAGCAACAUUCCUUGGACUGUUGUACAUUCUAUUUAAAGAGUUGUUUUUUUGUUGUGAUUAUUCCAGGAGAAUUAAAGCAAGUUUUAAUUCCUAUAAAAUAUUCUUUAAUUUAUUUAAUUUAUGGGUUUUUUAAAUGAUUUUUUCCCCCUGAUAUCCUAAUCAUAUGAAUGUAGGGACAGAAGCAGUGGCUAUAAUGGUCAACAUGCCUAAUUCUUUGCCUUUCACCUGCAAAACUCUUUGUUCUGGAUACAAACAAUAACUGCACUCUAUUUGUUUUGGACAGGGAAGCUGUAAUGUGCAGCAGCAUGCAAUUGGUUUAAUGUCAUAAUUAAAUAGGUGCUUUUUGCUUUGAAUUCUACACACAUUAAAAUUUGCACAGGUGACAACAUUGCCUAGUAAUGUUGUCUUUUUCUGUAGGCCAAAAGUUUACUCAUCAUUUAAUGUAAUGUAGAUUGAGGUAGUGUCUUAAGAGCCUUUGCUUUGUUUUAAGUCAGGCUUUGAUCUGUUUUAAGUCAGGCUUUGCUUUGUUUUAAGUCAGCGUUUCACUGCCAAGUGUAAUUAAUUUAAUGGUUUUGCUUGUUUGUUUUUAUAAUUGAUAUUUGUUUUGAUUUUAAUAUUGGUUCUAUAUUUGCUUUGUUGAUGAAGGUUACUGUUCUGAUGUUUAUACAUAUAAUGCUGUUUUGUGCUUUGUUCUCAGCCUUUCUACUGCUAAGACUCCUACUCUGAAACAUACUGACUAUUGCACACUCAGAUGUAAAUUACACCGAUAGCUUGUUGUUCCUUAUGGUCUGUCUGUUAUGAACGUCUAUAGCUGUGCUCUGUCUGUUUGUGAGGCUGUUCAGCUCAUUAAUGUUCUUAUCCCCUCCGCCACCAGGUGGUGCUAGAUAGCUUUGGUCCUCAAUGCUUCAAACCCUCCACCGCUACAGUGUCGGAAUAUUAUUCGACUUUCUGUAGUCUACAUGGAGCAUCGCUAACAGUGUGAAACUAAACCCUGCAUUGUUUUAAAGUGAGAUAUUAUACUUGCGGUGUGUUUUAAAGUAAGCUUUAUUGUAUAGAAACCCUUGUAUUGACCUCCAUCACUGCCAUUUUCCACAGAACUCUAACCCGCCUACUACCUUGACAGGAAGACAUAUACAGGGUUAGGACGAGGGAUUCUGAUAUCAACAAUCUUAUUGCAUUAUUAUUUAACAAGGGAUGAACUUCUGUGUUUGGUGUGUCUGGGAGUGAAUGGUAGCACCACAGAAAUAGUGCCAUCAUAGUGAAAAUUAAACACAGUCAUAAUAGAUUUCAGCUAACUACUACAUGAAAAAAUAGCAUAACUGCUUUACUGUGAUUCUAUUAAGUUGGGUUUAAAAAAUAAAUAAAAUAAUGGUCUACAUUCUUACAACUCA